AUGCUACCUCUUCUACUUUCUUUGAUUAUUUGCUGUAAUAUCGAGGCCACCAACCAGCAACUCAACGAUGACGCUUUACACUUUUCUAAAAGCAAUGAGGGCCCACGCAUAGAUCGGCACAGCUUUUUCAAGCAACAUUUUCGCUUGGGAUACAAACUUAGUCUUUUCUGUCAAGCAUACGGAACUCCACGACCAGAUAUGAAAUGGUACAAGGAUGGAGUCGAGAUCAACAUUCGGCCUGGCCUUCAGAUCCGCAACAUCAUUCGUCAGGACACAAUUUCUUCACACUUGGACGUCGACCCUACCAGAGUACUGGAUGCUGGAGAAUACGAGUGUGUAGCAAAUAACACCUACGGCUAUCAUCUAGGCCACAUGCAUGCAUUGCUUCGCCUUUAG